CUGUGAUUAAGAAAGACGUGUUAUUGUUGCUGCUGCUGUUGUUAUUGGAUGUUCGUUGUCUAACUGUACUUUUUUAAAAUAUGAAAAAGAAGCAUUAAUUAAUUCGACAGAUGCAAUUCGGCUCCCAGAUCUCUCUCCCUAUCUCUCUCUCCAUCUCGAUGGUUCCUUAUCUCUCGCACGUGUGAACCCUGAGGCCAUAAAUGCAUGCUACGAUUCCUUAUAAAACUCCACCAUACAAACUCUCUCUCUCUCUCUCCCUCUCUCUCUCUCUCUCAGUUUCUCACGUCUCUCUAACCACAAUAGCCAUUCCAAUUCCAUUCCUCUUGGUUUCAGCAUCUUGAUUUCCACCACCUGUCCUUAAUCGAUCACAACCAAAAAUGAUCCGACACUUCCUUGUCCCUACCCGUUUUUGGUAUUAAUCUUUUGGUAGCAUCAUUUUCCGCAAAGUUAGCUUUUCUCGUAACUACCAUUUCGCGGAAAAUAGCAUGCAAUGCAUCUUUCACAACCCACAAUCAAAAUAACCCACAAAUACUUCCCUCACCUCACCAUUCACGAAGAAGAAAAUGCCGAUGCAAAACUUCUGAUCGAGCCGCCUUCCCAAGGACUCUUCUGCACACCAUUUGCCAGCCCUCUCUUCGUCGCGAGGAUUCUCUGCCCGCGACCUGCUCGGCGAAAUGCCGAAUCCGCCGCAUUCGGAACCACAUUUCAGUCCGGUGCUCGGUUCGCACGGAUUUCGAAGUUCGCGCGGAUCGGGGACCAUUCUAAAGAGGGUAGUAGAGAAGGGCAGGAGGGUGGAAGAGCAGAAGGGAGGAGUUCUUGGGGUGAUAUGCCCAAGUUCCUGCUGGCAGGCUCAGUAUCUACUAUCAUUUCCAGGACAUGCGUCGCGCCGUUAGAGCGAAUAAAGCUGGAGUGCAUAAUCCAUGGAUCUUCGCUCCCAUGGAUGAAUGUUGUUAGACAUAUUUGGGUCUCAGAAGGGAUAAAGGGGUUUUGGAAAGGAAAUUUGAUCAACCUCGUUCGCAUGAUUCCUUUCAAAUCCAUCAAUUUCAUAUGCUACGACUUGUAUUUGGAUCGGCUGCAUAGAAUUCCGGGCAAGAGAGAGAUCACGAAUCAUGACCGACUUAUCGGGGGCGGCCUAUCGGGAGUAAUCGCUACUUUAGUCUGCUUGCCUCUUGACACAAUCCGGACACGACUGGUCGCGCCUGGUGGCAAGGUUCUUGGAGGGGUCACAGGGUGCUUCACCCACAUGGUGCGAAACGAGGGCUUCUUAUCUCUCUACAAGGGCUUAACACCAGCACUUAUAAGCAUCGGCCCUGCUAGUGCGGUCUUUUAUGCCGUAUACGACAUCCUCAAAACGUCUCAUCUCUCUAGUAGGAGAAGCAGAAGCAGAAGCAGUAGCCAAAGUGGUGAAGAAGCUGAAUUGGAUCCUGUGAGGACUCUGCUAUAUGGUGCUUUUGCUGGGGCUUGUGCCGAGACAGUAACUUACCCUCUAGAAGUGAUUAGGAGGCAGCUUCAGCUGGCACGAGCAGCUAAUGUGGGACUAAUCGCAACGUUCAUCAAGGUCAUAGAGAGAGAUGGCAUUGGGUCACUAUUUACUGGAUUGGCUCCUAGCACACUUCAGGUUUUGCCAUCUGCAUCUUUGAGUUAUUUCUUCUAUGAGAUGAUGAAAUCCGUACUAAAAAUCAGCUAAUUGACGAAAGCUACUAUCUUUCACGUAGAAGUUUUUCUUCGUUUCUCACGGAAAGACAAUUCAUCUCUCUAACUGCUGCGGAGAAAGAUUCACAUUGAUCUUUGAGACAAAUCUGACAAGAUGCUUCCCAAAAGUUCGAAUGAAGCACUGUAAUAAUGGUUAUUACCUUCAUUCUUUGUUCUUUUUGAAGACUUAUUGUAAUGCAAUAAGGGCAACAACUUCAAAUUGUGUGUGUUUGUGUACAUUAGCUGGGUACUACAAUGUAAGAAAAUAAUUUUUCUAUUACCUUUAUUUUAUUCUGUCAUAA